CGCGAUGGCCCGUUACGAUUUCCCACUAUAAUAAUGGACCAUCUUAUAAGUGUAGAGCAAGGUGUAGAGGGGCCAUGACAUGAGAUGAAAAUCGUUGAAGUGCCAAUCUGUGCCAUUGCUUCAACGCUUGACAUUGACACUUGACUUAUUGUUUUGGAGUGUCAUGUCAAGUGGUUGAAUCAUUUUGCAAAUUGUAAGAAAAAUAAAGUAGGUACCUAAUCAUUUAUUAACUUGUUUUGUAAAACUUAUUGUGAUUUUUAUGCGAUUUUUAACACCGCUACCUGUCGUUGCGUCCUUUUGCAAACCAGUUUUGGUAAGAUGACAUUAACUGCGUAGUAUCUAGUGAAUUUAGUAAAAUAGUUUUUCAUUUUCACUCUCGUGUUCAGUGGUAAAAUAGAGCGGUAGCGUUUGCAAUGAAUGGAUCCAGAACAACUAUGAUAAGCGUGUAUUUUGUUGCGUUUUUUUAUUUUAUGUCAUUUCCCUGUGCGAUGCGGGUGGUAAAUGCAAAGGCAUACAACAUGGAUAUAUUGAGGCAUUUUCAGAAUAUUUCUUGGUGUAAACCAGACUGGUGUUUCCCGAGCAUGAGUAAAGAGACGAAUGAAUUACUCCGCCAGUGCACUAAUCUGCCACAGAUCCAGCUGUCAGAUGACAUAGAGGAGAUAAUUAAGAGGAGCAAAGCUUUUCCUAUACCGUUUCCUAUCGAAAGUGUCAGAUUAGAGAAGUUGAAAGAGAGAAGGCCGAUACAAAAACUGAAGAAGAACAUAGUGUCAACGUAUCCUCUUAUACACGAACGAGUGUUACUGCUAAUGACGCACUUUCUUAUAUACAAACGGGAAUUCGGCACAAGCAUCGAGAAGGCGUUCUAUAAAGAUAUGACAGUGCCAGAACUUAUUGACAGAUUGUUGAAGAAACGCGCUGUCACAUUCAUGGGAGCUCAGGACACAUACAAACUGCUUACUGGCGAAGAAGAUGAAGACGGCUGGGAACAAGUGGGUAGUCUCCAUCAGAAACCGCCCUUACUACUAGAGAACGUGUUGAGCUACGAUGAAAUGAAGUUAUCUGCUAUGGUCUAUGUCAGUGGACCGACGGAAUGUAUUAACGACGGUUCUAGGAGUAACUCCGGAGUGGUCAGAGAGGAUCAAGCUGAGACAGAUGCUAUUAUCAUCGGCCUAAUUGGAGCGCGUUUCGAACGCAAACUACGUAUGGAUUACGAAGAUAUCCUUAUAACCGACCAACAGAACUGCUUAGAGAACGGUUACGGUGAAGAGGUGACGCCUACCACAUGUCUGAACGUGUUGAAGACGACUUAUGUGCGGAACAACCAGUCCGCAAGGCAUAUGUGGAGACAAAUGUGGUCGGAAUUCUAUCAGGUACACAGUUACACAUACGAAGAACUAAUAUCAUACGUAACGUUACAAGACAAACCAGACGACAAGAAAUACUUAGAUCGCUAUGUCACCUCACAAGACUCGAUAUUCGAUAAUGAAGUGUACUAUAAAAGGAUAACUAUUUUAGCGGAAAGUGCUUUACUCGAAGCAGAUUUUAGAGCAAAGGAAGUUAAUAAAGAUGCUUUUCUCAAUAUUAUUGGAUGUGGCCUCGGAGUAUGGAAGAUAUCAGCACACCAAACAGACGUUUAUGUCCUUACAUUUCUGGAACGAAUACGUUCGUUCCUAAAGAAAGACUUACUAAAUCACGUAUCAGAUAUAAAUUUUGCUUACGUUAGACCGAGUGGGAGUAUAAUGAAUUUGUUCGUUGACAAUGGAAAUGAUAAAAGGAUAUUUUUUGAAAGCAAAAGGCAUCCUAAAGGUGGUGUCAAUGUCUCCAUGGAGAAUAGAGAGCCUUCGGCCAAAUUGGUUGGGGAACAUGAGGGUAAAUUGUUGGUUAUGACUUACCCUUGGGAUGGUAAUGCACACCCCGGAAAUGAGUUUUGGAUCGGUAGUCUAACAGGUUCCGGCGAUCCGGCAGCCGCUUGUUCCACGCAAAUCGCUGAACUACACAACGCUCACAUCAACCCGUCCGUCUGUUCCAACAAUGUGAGAAUAGCAGCCUCCAGCGUCGGAAUAACACCCCUACCGAGUUACUGUGCCGCGGUUAAUACGUAAUGUCAUGAAGUUAGCUACGAGGUAACUAUUCUUGAAAUACAUUUUUGGGGACAACCGUCGGGUGAAGGAGAACGGAAAUAUGGAAUUCAAAAGUACGAACUACUAUUGUGAGUAUUGUAUAUAUAUAUACUACAAUAUAACUUAUAAAAAAUAUGUGUAUUUAAAAUGUCGAAUUAGGAACUAUAUUGUUAAUGUGGCAUUUAGUUUCAUAUUGUCAUACUGCAAAUACGGCAUGAUAAGAAUCUUAAAGUGAAUUUAUUUACAUUGGAUGUCUUUAAGUUUAAUUUUAAAAUAAUAACUUCUGCGACAAAUACAUAGAAGGAUUUUGUGACAAUUUAAAAAUAUAUUGAUUUUUAGAAUAGAUUGUGUUAGUAACAAAACAUUUGUUGUAUUAUAAAAACAACCUUAUGACUGAUUUUUAUAUACGUACGUAUUAAUGGAAUAAUGUAUAAUAUUAUCUAUUCAAAAGUGCUAAAUGAGUGUAUAUUCUACAUAAUUUUUGUGUGUGAUAGAAGUCAUUGUAUAAAAGUUAUAUAUAACAGUUCUUAUAGUUGUCAAGAAUAUUCAGCAUACCGUUGGAUGUAAACUUGUCAAACAAAACUUACGAUAUUCUUUGUGCUCUAAAAAAGGGUGGCAUUAUCGCUAUGUAAUUAUUGUUUCAUAUAAUCGUUAGGUCUUAUAUGUAGUAUAAAAUUACUCAUUAAGAAUGUAAAAGGUAGAGAAUGCAUUGUUAUAAAUUAAUGUGAUGUUAAAGCAAUAUUAUGAGUUAUGGCGAUCUAAAAUGGAUGGUAUAUUGAAAUAUUUCGCUUACGCAACUCUCUUAUGCUACCCAAGAAAACAGCCUUUUCAUUCGGCUGCAAUUUUGUUAAUUAUUUUUAAAUUAUUUAUGAAUAGAUUCUCGUUAUGAUGAAAUAACAAAAUUCAGUUUGGUUACUGUGAAUCGCACAAAGCUAUGUUUUUGUCCAUCGUGUAAAUAUGCUGUAAAUACAUAUAAAAAAAUAUAAACAGAUUUUCAUAUAACUUCGAUUUCAAUAUCUGUGUUUUUACUACGCACUUUGAUUAUUUACACGCCUAGAUAUAGCAAAUUAAUGAAGCAAAGAAAACGGUCAUGUUUCGCGCAAUGUGUGUGUGACUCAAUCUCAGAUUGCACUAAAGCAAUCAAUGUAUUUGUGAGUAGCGAUGAGCAUAUCUACCAUAUGUAGUAGAUAUUUUUUGUAGCGCUUCCGUACAGUGGAUACGGUAUCUAGGGUGUAUAUAAUCAAAGACUACGCAUCCUUCAGACAGUGUUUGUUAUUUAAGUGAAUAUUAGUAAGUGUUUGUCACAAUGUAUAUGAAAUUCGGUUUUGUUUAGUUAAUAAUGCUGUUAUUGGCUGUUAUGUACAGUACCUUACCUAUAGUUGUAUCUAUAAGUAUUGUACUGAUCAGAUAUUUAAUUAGCACUUGUUAUACUGUCAAUAAUUUGUUAGAUCAAUUUAUAAACUAUACUAAUAUUGUAGAGAGCUAAAUUUUGUAUGGUUGUAGUGGGUAAUCGACAGAGCCUUGACCACCGAAGACGUGUAGCUUGCCUCUCGGUGUUUUAUCGGUUACUUUUCGGAGAAUGUGCGGAGGUAUUACAUAAUUUGAUCCCCCUUUCCCUUUCCACCACCGGACGACCAGGCGCGGCGAGGGCUUCCACCCUUAUGUUGUCGAAGUUCCUCCCAUUCACACGAAGCGAUUUGCUUCGGUCUUCAUUAUGCGAACGGCUAGGGAGUGGAACUCCUUGCCAAGGUCUGUUUUCCCGGAACAAUAUAAUCUGGAAUAAUCUUCAAGGCGAGAAUGAACAGGCAUCUUCUAGGCGUGUACCAUCCUAGGCCUCAUCAUCGCUUUCCAUCAGUUAAGAUUGUGGUCAAACUCAUUGCCUAUUUUGCAUAAAAAAAAGAUUUUUUUUACCAAUAAAAAGCAUUGUUUUUGGGGAGAUUUUUGGCUUACAAAAACUAAAGUCUACACCGAAACGAAGCGAGGGCGGGCCAAUAUGUUGUAUAUAAUCUUCUACGUGUUGUUUUAUUGGGAUGUUCCAGUAUCUUUUAUUGAACGCUAAAGUUUAGGUAGAAAAAGUGAUAUAUUAUAUGUUUUAAUAUAUAAAAUAAUUACAUAAACGAGAUAAAAACAGUGGUUUUUUAAAUGUUCAGUUAUUUUGCGUUUUGUAUGAUCAAUGUCAGAUAUAAGUACAUAACAAAGUGUUUAUUUCUUAGCUUUUAAUGAUAUUUAAUUUAAAGAAGUGUGCCCGAGUAUUAAUUAUUACUUUUAGGAAAAAUAAAGCCAUCACAACCAUUGAAUGUACACGUAUGCCCGUACUUUCACUGUGAAUAGACCUUGGUGCAUUUUUAUUUACUUUUUGAACUUUAUGAUUUAUAUUUGUACAAAUAACUUUUUAUUUUUAUCUUGUCUUCGAGUAAAUCUUGACGUAUGAUCAUUGUACCCAUAAUAUUGAUGAAAUACUGAAUAAUUGUUACAUUGAAUUGUAGCCGAAGUAACUAUAGCCUUUCCAUUAUGUAUCUACAUUUUUUUGUUAUUUUAUUAUUAAUAAAAAAUAUAAACAGGUGUUUUAUAGUAAA